AUGGAGAAAUUUCUGCGCGUUUUGCCGGCGAGACCCAUGACAAAGGCCCUCGAAAGAGAGGACCUCAAGAGCAUCACCCAAGUCAACUCCUCCCUCAGACACGAUGAUGAGAACGAAUACUUUCAGACCGUUCGCGUGUGUGGCACCAGGUCCAAUGUCGCCGAGAGACUCGAGAAGCUUCUUGAUCAACAGGAGCACCUUGGUGUGUUUCUCCUUAGGUCAGCGAUCAGAUUCCUUGAAAUUCAAGUUGAAGCUGUACGGGUCCUUGACCUCCGCACUGCUCGAGAUCAUCGGCUGGGCUUCGAUGACGUCCCCUGCAUCCCGAGAAUCGUACAAGCCAUCAGAGAAGUCUACGUAGACCUGGCUCAGCUACUGAAGCAAGAUUUGGUAGAGAAAAACAUCCGGGAUAUCCGCCUUGUCGAUGGUGGCGGCGGUGUUGUAGCCGGCAAGGAGCUUCUAUUAACCCUCAUGAAGUGUUAUCCCUCACAAGCUCGGAUAACGCUCUACUCGCUCUUGCGGGGCUGGUGGAAUCUGACCUGCGCCAUCUCCGACACUUCGCAUUCUAACACGUCGGAUUUUGAUCGCACGGUUAUCUCACGAGACGGAGAGUACGAGAACAUCAACGACAUCUUCCACAAAGACUACGGGGCUACGCAGAUCAGUUUCGUCAAGUUCCUGGUCGUCGACAUGAUGGGCCAACUUCCCUAG